AGUCGGAUCUUCAGGUACUGAAGAAUUCGUCGCAGUCUGAGUUGUUAGAGGAGCACGAGCAGGCACCGUUGAUCACACUCGCGUCAGUAGAGUACCGCCCCCCGGCACCGAUAGUGACCAUGGUGGUUAUGAAUGAGGUUGUGAUUAUGGCCCUGAAGAACAACCAUGUGAUCAGAAUCGAUCUGCGCAACCCCAACAAGAUUGAAGAUAUCGAGUUGUCGAUCAAAUCAUCGGAUACCGUGCACCGAUUGUUCUUGGACGAGAGUGGGCAGCAUCUAUUGAUAGCACUGGUCUCAGCGGACACACUCUACCUACAUAGCUCUGCGCACAAGACCAAGCCCGUGACGAAACUCAAGGGACAUUUGGUGGAAGCUGUAGCGUUUGAUAAGCACUACACGGAUGCACAAUCCAGUGGCAGUGGCAAUCCGUCUACCAAGAUACACAAUGGCGUGCAGGCACUCAUAGCCACUUCCAAAGGCCAUGUAUACGAGAGUGAGAUAGAGGCCGUGGAGGCAAGGUUCUUCCAGGGCAACUCGGUGGACAAGUACAUGCGACUGGUGCACAUGGUCCCUAAUGAGGAGUGCAUUAAGGGCCUUAUGUUGUCCGCGUUUGCUGAUGAAUCGCAGCCCGCGCUUAUAACACCCAAAUCCAGCUCGGGUAGCCACAGCGGUGCAGAGGACGUAAAGUAUCUGCUGGUGGUCACCACCGCAAACAGAAUGUACGAGUUCAUUGGGUACAAACGCACAGACGCGCCCAUCUGGAAACGGCUGUUUAUGGAGGAAGACGGGGGCCUUCUGAAAGGCCUAGGGACCAGUCUUGCGCAUGGUUCGCGAGGUACCGGAUCAAUCAGUCGUGGGCCACACACUGUUGAAGCUAAACAUUUGGUGAAGUCUUUACAGACAGAUCAGCCUACAACAGUGUCAUCACCUAAACAGACAAAGGAUGGCGUCAAAUCGCCUACAAAAACGCGGAUGCCGCCGAGUUUAGACCGACUGAUAGUAGAGAGUGCGAGUGCCUCCAGCCUGACCGAAGCUUCUGGGUCGUCAUCGCCCAAGCGAGGCUCAACGAGUACCACACCGUCUAGCUCGCGCCAGAACGCCAACAAAUACAAUGUAUCGUCGCUGUUGGUGCACUACAAGUACAGUGGAGUGCCCACUUCGCUGGCCUGGGUGUCAGCCAGGAGUGUGUAUCUGGCGAAUGUCGUGUUCGGCACGCAUUCUAUGGGCGAGAGUGUGUGUGGGAGUGACGCUGCGGUCAUUGCGCUUGACCACAAACGCGAGCCCGCGGAGCGCCGCAACACCAGCGCUUCACCACGCAUCACCCGCACCAUCCCGUCCAGCUUUGCACUGACUGAGUUCCAUGUGAUCCGGUUGGACUCGGACAACCGCGUGACCGUCUACUGUGUGCUGGAUCAGGAAGUAGUCUACACCACAACCUACGCCCAGAGCGAGUAUGGGCGCCUGACCGGGCUUACACGCGAUGUAGAGAAGGACACCAUAUGGGUGUUUGGGCCGGAUGGCAUACACGAGCUGUUGUUCAACGAUGAGACACGGAGUGUGUGGAAGAUAUACCUUGCGCGCAACCAAUUCGCCACGGCUCUGGAAUACAGUCGGGACAAGCCGGAGAUCACAGAUUACAUCCACAGCCAACAAGGCAACUACUACUUUGAUCAGUGCAAGUACAUACUUGCGGCUCAGAGCUAUGCCAAAAGCAGCCAUGUGGCGCUGGAGGAGAUUGCGCUCAAGCUCAUGGAUAUCGAUCAGUACGAGGCUUUGCAGGAGUACAUCAGCCGACGGCUCGACAAUCUCAAGCCAGACCAGAAAGCCCAGGCUACCAUGCUAACCAUGUGGUUAAUCGAACUGUAUCUGAGUCAGCUCGAUCGGUGUGUUGACCGCGGCGACGACGACACCCAAUUGCAAAGUCAGCUGAGACAAUUUCUAACGAAACCAGUUGUGAAGCAGAACCUCAGCGCGAACCACACCGCAGUGUAUAAUCUCAUCUGCAGCCAUGGCCGCAUUGAGGACGGUGUCUUCUAUGCCAAUCACAUGGGAGACUACGAGCGGGUGGUCAGUCACCACAUCGCGUGUCAUGACUACGAGGCCGCUCUAGAGGUACUCGCGCUACAGUCCAAUCUAUCACUGUACUACAACUUCUCGUCGCAACUGCUGAUGAACGCACCCCAAUUAGCUGUUGAUUCAUGGCUAAAACAACCAAAGCUAGACCCACGCAGACUCGUUCCGGCAGUGGCUAUAUAUACCAAGAAAUACCCAAAUAUUUCCAUACAGGAAAAUCAAGCCCUGCGGUAUCUGGAGAAGGUGAUCACUGAGCUUGGCGUGCAGGAUCCUGCCAUUCAGAACUGCUUAAUAUCGGUCUACGUAAGCUACAACGCCGAUGAGAAGCUCAUUGACUUUCUACAGACGUCCUCGGGUUAUGAUCGGCAGUAUGUGCUGCGUCUGUGCUUUGAGAGUAACAAACUGCAUGCGUGUGUGGAGAUCUACAAGCAGAUGGGCUUGUAUGAAGAAGCUGUCACGCUCGCGCUAAAGGUGGACGUGGAGUUGGCGAAGGACAUCACCGAAUUGCCGGACGAGGACGAUGAGUCUCUGCGGAAGCGCCUGUGGCUAAAAAUAGCUCACCACGUGAUCGAAGAGGACCACAACAUCGAGCGCGCCAUGAAGCUACUGGAAGAGCAGAGUGAUCUGGUUAAGAUAGAAGACAUCCUGCCCUUCUUUCCCGAGUUUGUUAAGAUCGAUCACUUUAAGGUAGGGUUAUACUUGUUCUGUGAACACACUGGUUUUGGUGUAGGCCUUGCCUGA